AUCUUGGGGCCUACAGCCACCAUGGCGUCAUGGGCACUGAGCGCCGCGCUGCUGUGCCUGGGCGGCGCCUUUGCGUACUCUGAGCUGCACUCACUGUCCCUUAGGGAGGGCUCUGCGCUGGGACAGGCCACUGUGCCAGGGCCGCCGGAAGAGGAGCAGCCGGUCACGAAGGGCAGUAUCUGGUCAUGUGCGGCCCCGCAGCCCCAGCACACGGGGACCUUGCCUGCUGUUCCCACCUCAGCCACGCAGGACUCAGCUGCUCCCAGACCAUUGGUAGCCAUAUUGUGGAAUAGCACCACUUAGAGGUGCAGUGGAAGGGUCUCGGAUUAUAGGAGGUUCGCAAGCUGACACUGGUGCGUGGCCAUGGCAGGUUAGCCUGCAGGUUCAAGAUGGCGAUAUUCUUAUGCAUGUAUGUGGUGGCGCCCUAGUGAGAGACAGGUGGGUCCUCACAGCUGCUCACUGCACAAAAGAGGCUAGAGAUCCUCUGAAGUGGAGAGCAGUGAUGGGGACCAAUGACCUCACCCGGAGCCCCUACCACAGCAGGAAUAUACGAAUCACAGACAUCAUCAUACCACCAGAUUUCAUUAUGGAAACUUUCGUAAAUGAUAUCGCACUGUUCCGUUUAAAGAGAGCUGUGAGGUAUAAUGACUAUAUUCAGCCCAUUUGUCUACCUUUUGGUGUUUUCCAAAAACUGGACCAAAACACAGCGUGUUUUAUAAGCGGCUGGGGAAGAACCAGAGAAGAAGGCAAUGGCACAACCAUUUUACAAGAGGCGAAAGUACACUUCAUCUCUCGGGAGGUUUGCAGCUCUGACCAGGGCUACAGUGGAAUGAUUCCCAACACUUCAUUCUGUGCAGGUCACGAAAAUGGGACCUUUGACUCAUGCAGGGGUGACAGCGGGGGACCACUAAUGUGCUACCUACCGGAACACAGCAGAUACUUUGUCAUGGGAAUCACCAGUUACGGACAUGGCUGUGGGCGGAGACAUUUCCCCGGUGUCUACAGCAACCCGAGCUUCUUCCAGGAGUGGAUGACACAUUAUUUAUCACAGGGAAACAUCAACCGCCUGUUUAAUAUGGACAUAGUACUUGGCCAGGUCCUCACAGCCCUAGGUUCUGUCAUCCUACUAGGAGUAACAUAAGGAACCUUUGGGGCAGAGGGUCACCCUGCCCCUGCUGUGUCUACACCAGAACACUGUGUGCAUGGCUCACUUUAGUGCGUCCAUGUCAACACUGGGAUGUUUUUGGUUUUGUUUUUUUAACAAAAAGGAUUGUGACAAGUACAUAGUUGUGACUUUUGGCACCAAACCCCAUGUUUUCUCACUAGACCCUGAUUCAUAACUCUGUAUUUGGAAUACUUUCCUAGGGUUUGUAUAAAAUAUUCAUUUACUAUAUACUUUAUGUGUAUAAAGGCCAAUAAACAGUUUAUAAUUUAAUUGAAAA